UUAAUCAUUUGUUCCCAUUUGAUCUGAGGUUUAGCAAACACGGUUUCCUGGGAUGUAGGAGGAUAAUUUGCAGGUCCAGCUUGGCUCCGGAGGGGGCACUAACUAAUUUGACACCAUAACAUGACAUUGAUGGCAGACACACACUAAUGACUGCACUGCUCGAUGCUCCUGUCAGUCUGUCGCUGCACUGAACGGAGAGUUUCUUCUUAUUGCCAAAAAAAGUGCAGAGUGGUCCUACUAAUUAUUCAGACAUGCACUAUAAUGAGAAUCUUAGUGCUCCCUCCCAACAUACGAACCUCUCACUAAAGCUCCCAUUUGUCUGAUACGGUGGCUGAUUAGAAUUUGUUUCUUGAAUAGUAAAACCAUGGCUUAAAAUAAAGUGGAAAGGAUAAACAGCCUUUUAUUCUGCCUAAAACUCAGAAAGUGGCCAUUUUGAUUUCAAGCUGGGUUUUUUUUGUCAUUUAUUUACACCAGAAGAAUAGAAAAUUGGAUUAAUUUUUAAUAGUAUUUCUCAAAUAAUGUAGAUCUUCAUGGAGUUUUACUGUCUGGAUCACUCAGGACAUAAAUUUUGUGGAAAAAGGGAGGCUCUGAAGGUAUUUUCUUUCUCCUAGGAAAAAAAAAUUCCUAGAACAGAAACUUGUACUAGACAAAUCACAGGUUAAGAAUAAAAGGGCCUCUUUUUCUUAGUUUAUAUUGUUACAACUGAUUCCUCACUAGGUACUCUGAAAGUUUAUAAGGGCUCUAUGUAUCUCUGAAUGAUCUGGAUGUAAAAGCAUAAAGAGUAAGAAAAGUUGAAUGGUGCUUUCCAGAAUCAACCUUUAUCCCUCGCUAUGGGUCCUGAUCUAGCACAGCUGUGGAGCAUAUUUCAACUGCAUAUCUUUACCAUAUUUACACUUCUAUACUUUUCUAGUGCCUCUGCAGCAAUGCAGAAUUGCAAUCCCGGAAGAGGCCAAUGGACCGACCGGUGCGUGUCGUACGUUAAGCACACAGACUGAAGAUACGUUACUACCCUGAAAAAGAGCCUGAAUUUCUAAGGAUAACACUUAGGUCUUUCUGAAAAGCAAACCCUUCUAAGAGCGUUUCAAGUGGGCCACCAAAAGCCUAGCACACGCUACUGAGUCAUUUAGAAAAACGUUAUAAACUUGAAAGUGUUACACAUAAAGGUGAGGGAGACACACGCUCCACCACCAGCCCAGGACAGUUUGAAAGCCAUUACCAGCUAAUGGCUCUCUAGUGGUCUCCAGGAAUUGAAUCAGUGGUCUCCCUUCACAUGCUGUAUCUGCUCUGCAAAAGCCACAACUCUAUUAGGAACAUAUUAGAAAAUCUGAGGUCAAGAGGGAUCCCUGGCCCCAGCCAGGGCUCUACAACCCCCCACCUGUGCCCUCCUGGCUGCUCACUGCUCACUCGCACUGAGAUCUGUAUUUAAGAGGGGUUUUAUUUGCAUGGAUCCUCAUAGCUACACAGUUCUCACAUUAUGGUUCAUCACCCUUUUUUGACAGGGUACAAAUAAAGGAGCUACAGUGCAGCAUUAGAGCUCAGAGCCAAGUGCCAGACCAUCUCACGUGCUCAGCACCAGGGUCCCUUUGCACACAUACCAUCUUUAGAAACUGUGAUGCAGCAGAGCACUGGGCGCUUCACCAGUGGCCCCAAAUACUCCAAAAAUUAACAUCUGAAUAACUUCUACCAACAGCAGCACCACAAAUCUAUUGGAGCGGCACAACUUCCGAGAUGAAAGCAAAAGUACAUGUUUGGAGAGCCAAGCCAACGUAACGUAAAUACUGGGUACACGCUGUUACAUGUCAUUUUGCAGAGCAACAUGCGAAGGGCACAUGAAUCAUUAGUGAGAGAACAGCCCUGGCACCUACCCCAGAAAUACCUCAGCACUCAGCAGGAAAGAAAAGAUCAGAAAAAGAGAUCCCAGAAUCCUAAACGGAGGCUCAGCUCCUGAAGAAAGAUACACUUAACAGUGUUCAUCUCUUUGGAAAAUAGAGGUGCUGUAUCUUGGAUACAGCACCACUAACAUUUUCCACAUGGCUGGGGAUGGAUUGGUGAGUGGCCUUCUCCUAAACAAUGGCAUCUCUAUAUGCCAGCUGUCAGAAAAAUGAGGACAUGAUGCAUUUUGCUCUCUGUUCUUAUAAACCCCCAAUAUUAAUUCAGACAGAGGAGAAGAAAGUCAUCAAGUUUAUUUCAAACCAAAUUAUGCCAUGUUCAGCCACGUUGUGUGGACACACCACAGUAGCCUCCUCACCAGCAUGCCAGAGUGUGAAGAACAAUCCUUUUAUAUCCACAGCAUGACUUGGCCAACUUUAAAACGCAACAACUAAAAACUCCAACGUCCUUCUGUCAGUUUAACUGCUAAUUUGCAAUGGAUUUGGUUAUACUUCCCGUUUAAGGCAAGUUCUCCCUGAGCGCUGGCUAAGAAAUCUUGGGCAAGAGGAAGUAGCAACCACCAAAGAAUUAAAAAAACCCAAAACCAACCAAAUUAAAAAAAAAAAUAUCACCCACAGCUUCAGAGAUGGAGGCAGGAGCUCUCCUGCUGGUCCCUGGCUCUGCACUGGAGGGUGGCAGCAGCCCUGCAAUCUCAGGGUGUCCCGUUGCAGACGGCUGGGGUUCACCCAAGGCUAGAGAGAAGCUGUGGUGAGGGUAGCAGGCCAACCUGGCCAGCAAGGAGCAACAGCGAGGCAGCUCCCUCCUUUCCCUGCCAUCUCUGCCUCUGAGAAUGACUCAGAGGUUGGUGAGGCACAAAGGAUGCCAUUCCCCACAAGAACACAAAGACAGGAGAGGCUCACCCUCUGUCAGGAUGAGGAUCAGCUCUCGAUAUAGCUUCAGAUCACAAACUUCCUGAUCCUGAUGAUCUGCCAAGAUUUCCACAAGAGAUAACAGUUUUGCUCCCUGGGCCAUGGGCAGGGGGCUGUCUGGGGCCAGCUUGCUCCAUCAACCUGCCUCAAAAACCUUCCACAGGUCCCAAAGAAGACAAAGGGAGGAGGAUAUAAAGUUUUAGAAGUUUUCUGCAAAGCAAACUGCUAACUGAGCUUUAUGAAACACAUGGGAACAGACUUAGGACUUUAAAACUGGUGAAGUUGUGUGGCUUGCUAAAGGCAAUGUCUGGACUAUAAUUAAUCAGGAUACAAGUACACUCGUGGUUUGGGAAGAGUCCUCUCACUCAGUCCCACUAGCUCACCCCUUCAUGUCUCUCCACUCACUCACAACUGCACUUCAAAGCAGUCUUUCCCUCACCUCACUUUGCUGCUGCAGCAAGACAAGGACCUGCAUCACUCAGCUCCCGGUCCCUGUGGAUACCACUGUGGCACGUGCUCUCUACACAUUAAAGCACUAAACUAGUUUCACAUAUCUGUUGCAGAGCUUUAUCAGAAAUGCCAUUUAGGUAGCUAUCCAAAACUUAUAACUUUUCUUCCUCUGUGUACUGUGGUUAGUCACACAGAAGAAGUGCUCCUUUCAGCAUGGCCUAGGCUGGACACAAAUCUGCUCAGGGAUUCACUCAAAAGACCAGCUUUAGGCUAGGAAUAAACCACCAGGUAAAACAAAAUCAGGAAUGGCUUCACUGCACUGAUCCGAACAACCAGCAAUCAUUUCCAACCUUCUGCUCAUCUUUCCAGGCCCUGACUGCAGGCUCACAGCCUGAGGAAGGACACAAGGUACAACUGCAAGGUGGCAGUAGGUGAGAGGGCAGGAAGGCUUGCUUUAUCUGAACAAGCAAGCCAGAGAGAAGGGAAUAGGAGAUCACCAGUCCUGUGAAAUCCAGCAGAGAUAUCAUGGAGAAAAAGAACUAAGCAUGGCAAGUGUGUAAGAGGGAGAGAUACUGGCAGAAGAACCAGCCCAGAGGAAUGGCCUGCAGCAACAGAGCUCCAAGGGCACCAUGAGGUGUUACCAAGUGAACCCUCUGGCCACGCAUACCCAGAAACAUCUGACACAGCCAGAGCAACCUGCCAGCCCUGGGCAGACACGGCAGAGGCCUGGGGGGCUGGUGGGAAACACCGAUGCUGAGCACAAGACAGGGGACGGGGUGGGCAGGGACAACCCCUGAGACAUGUGCUGGGCCCACAGAGCUGCCAGGCAGCGCCAUGGCAGGGACGGCCCAGGGCCAUGCCAGCCCCGAGCAACGGGUUCUGGUGUUGCUAACAGCCCAAGCGAUGGGUUCCAAGGUCACCAAGGAAGGAACCAAGGUGCCUCCAAGCAAUGACUGUGGUGCCACCUGCCCUGACCGUUCAUACCUGGGCACGGAAUCUGACCCAGCCAGCCUGCGCACGGACUCCAGCCGAGCAGGACGCGAGGUGCGGAGUGCCAGGCCUUGGAGCCGGCAGUGAGCUGAGAGCUGGUCACAGCACUCAGUCAUUCACUCCAGAGCCACUGAAGGACAUUCCCCGGCCAUGCCAGGUUCAGGCAGCCGGGGCUUGAGGAAGGUGUGCUCACAGCGUCCGAGCAUGGAGGGCACUGCUGCAGAAGCAGCAAGGGGGAAUGGCUCACCAUCCCAAGUUCCCCCCAGCCCACUGCAGCGCGGGGGCAGCACAGACAAAGAGGUGGAGGACCGCUGUCCCAUCUGUCUGGACAGCUGGAGGGAGCCCAGCUUUGUGAUGCCGUGCCUGCACUGCUUCUGCUAUGCCUGCAUCCUGCGGUGGGCCGACAACAAAACCCAGUGCCCCUUGUGCAAGGGGAAGAUGACCUCCAUCCUGCACUCGCUGCGGGUGGAUGAUGAUUUUGAGGAGCGCGCCAUCACUCCACCUGUGACACCACCAGUAGUCUUCCCAGCAAGAAGAGCUCACAGAGAGCCAGAUGCUCCCAACCUCCAUCGCCCUGGAGCACAUCAACAGCGGGUGACAGCGGGAGAUGUCCAGCAUUUCGUGGGCGGCUUCCAGCUCCCGAACUGGAUGAGCUGUUUCUCUGCCAACUCAGCAAUACAACAGACCCUGCACUCAUGGUUCUGUCAGAGCUUGGAGAUGCUGUUUGAAACAGCAACCUCCAGGGCCCAGCACACACACAUCCCUGAGCAGCAGCGUUGCAGGGAGGACCGCCACCUGCCACACCAGCAGGACACCUGUGGUGCCACAGGGCAGGAGGACAGCUCUUCAUCUCUUACCCCUGAUCCAGCAAGAUCCAGUGUGGAUGAGAUGCCUAGCACCUCAUCUAGUGCCAUUGGUUGGGGUACAAGUACACACCCCUCUGCUUCCACUGCCAUCCAUGUGGAACAAGAGCCCCAGGAGGAACCAGAAAGGCUGUGCCCAGGCCCUCCUAAUUUCAUUAGGGACAGUGGUCCUUCAGCUGGGGAACCACGUCAACCACGAAAAAGGAGGGCCAGCAGCCCCAAAGGCUCUCCAGCUCGCAGGAGGCCACGUCACUGAGACUGGAGGGUGCCUCCAUAAAUUAGUUUCAGUUCCUGCCAAGGAGCCGGUAUUGGAAUCACAGAAUAUGCUGAUCCAUCACAAUCAUUGAGCCAAACUCCUGGCCCUGUGGAGGAGACCCCAAGAAUCCCACCAUGUGCCUGACAGCAUUGUUAAAAUGCUUCUUUAACUCAGACAGGCUCAAUGCUAUGACUUGUUCCAGUUAUCAACCACCCUCUGGGUGAAAACCAUUUUUCCUGAUAUCCAACCUAAACCUCCCCCACAGCUUCACAUCCUUUCCUUGAGUGCUGCUACUGGUCACAAGAAUGAAGAGAUCAGUACCUGCCCCUUUGCCUCUCCUCAUUAGGAUGUUGAAGAUCACAAUGAAGUCUUGCCUCAGUCUCCUCAAGGCUGAAUAAUAGUUAUAUAUAGUUAUGUAUGUAUAUAUAUAUAUAUAUAUAUAUACACACACAGAUAGAUAGAUUGAUAGAUAGUUAUAGUUACAUAGUGACAUAUUCACAGUUUUCAAAAUAAAUGAGUUUGUCUUCCAAAAACUGGUAAUUGGAGUCUUUU